UUACACUACUCAGAAAAAAAGAAAAAAAACUCGAGGAAGAAGACGCUGAAACCAGAAGAAGAAAAUGUUUCGGAGGCUCUACACCACCGUCGAUGCUCCUCGCCUUUCCAAAUUCUAUCUUCAUGCUCCUAAAUGUGUAGAAGUGAGAUUUGCCAAUGGUAGUGCAUUUAACUUGUCAGCUGAAUUUUUAAGAAUAUAUAGUCCAGCUGCUGAUGGAAGGGUCAGGUCAAUUGGGGGUGAGAAGGUGAUAUCGGGUCGGCGCCAAGUGGGAAUCAUGUCUGCAGAACCUGUGGGAAACUAUGGGGUAAGGAUGAUCUUUGAUGACUUGCAUAAAACUGGAAUUUAUUCAUGGGAUUAUUUCCAUCAUCUGGGAAGCAACAAGUUUAGCCUCAUGAGGAAUUACAUCAAAUUGCUUAAAAAGCACAGGCUUAGCCGCAAUCCACCUAAAAGAAAAUGAUUGAGAGUUGAAAUUUGCUUCAAUCUUCUAAGAAGAUUUAACUUAUGAAUGCAAUGGAGGCCAUUCGAAGAUUUAACGAUAGUCAAAUGUCAAAUGUAGGGAGGCCAAAUGUUGUACUUCAGAAAAAAUUGUGGCUACAAGUUAUCUACAAAAACAUGGUUUAACAUUUAACUGUAGUUAUGCCAUUAUACAUUGAUGUUUGCUAUUGUUUGUUUACUAGUUUUUUCUGUCACCA